ACCUCACCUAAGCACCAGUAAUAAACACCACACUUCAUUGAGCUCAAGAUCUUCAACUUUUUCACUCACACAUUUUCAUUUUGGUUUUGCCGGGAGAAAAGUGAAAAGAGAGGAAAUUUUGGCCCGCUCACAAUUUGGGCAUGAAAUUUUGAAAACCCCUCCCUUCAUUUUCAACCCACUCGAUCGAGCGCGCUUCUCACCAAAUCAAAACACUCCAAUUUCAUUCUUCUCUCUCUUCCAAUCCCAAUCACAAUUCACAAUUCACAAUUCAGAUUCUUCUUUCCAUUUCUAUUCUUCUAGGGUUUUCUCUCUCUCGAACUCGCUAGGGUUUUCAAUUCAACGAUGGCUACGGAAACCCUAGAAGAUCACAACAAGCCUCCGGUUCAGGCCGAAGGUGACGACGCUGCACCGAACAAUCAGGAAACCGAAGUCAAAGGUGAAGCUGAGGCAGAAGAGAAAGAGGCAGCACCGCAAGAAGAUGAAGAUGCUUCGGCGGAAGCUGUGAAAUCUGAGGCGGAGAAUGCGGAGGAGAAAGACAAAGGGGGCGAUCAGGUGGAGGAGAAGGAGGAGGUGGAGAAAGAGACUGACGAGGUCAAAGAUGAGGUGAAGGGCGAGGAGGAGAAGGAUGAGGAGGAUGAAGACGGUGGUGAAGGUGAAGGAGAGGAAGAGGAGGAGCAGGAGGAGGAAGAGGAAGCUGAAGCUGAAGCUGAUGAGAAGGUGAAGGCUAAGAGGGGUCCGAAGAAGGGGGGUAAGAAAGAGACUGCGUCGGAGAAGAAGGAUCCAGCUACGCCGGCAAGUGAGAGGCCGACUAGGGAGAGGAAAACGGUGGAGCGCUACUCUGUGCCCUCGCCUUCGAAGUCUGCAAAGUCCUCCGGGGGUAAAGGGUUGGUAAUUGAAAAGGGUCGUGGUGAGCAGCUUAAGGAUAUCCCAAAUGUGGCUUUCAAGUUGUCAAAGAGAAAACCGGAUGACAACCUGCACGCUCUUCACAGUAUACUGUUUGGGAAGAGAACAAAGGCAUACAAUUUAAAGAGAAAUAUAGGCCAGUUUUCUGGUUUUGUCUGGACUGAAAACGAGGAAAAACAGAGGGCCAAAGUAAAAGAGAGGAUAGACAAAUAUGUGAAAGAAAAAUUGGUGGACUUCUGUGAUGUUCUUAAUAUUCCUGUAAGCAAAGGCAAUAUCAAGAAGGAGGAACUAUCUGUGAAGCUGUUGGAAUUUUUGGAGAACCCUCAGGCUACAACUGAUGUUCUGCUUGCUGAUAACGAGAAGAAAGUUAAAAAGCGAACAAGAAAGGUUACCCCUAGCAAAUCUCCUGGUGAAGCAUCCACUGAAACACCUGCCAAGAAGCAAAAGAAAACUUCAGAAUCUGGGAAAAAGCGAAAGGGCUCUUCUGAUGUUGAGGAGGAUGAGAAAGCUGAACUCUCAGAUGCAAAAGAUGAGUCUCAGGAGAAUGUUGCAGCGCCACAUAAAGAAAGUGAUGAUGAUGAAAGUAAAUCAGAGGAAGAGGAAGAUAAAUCCAAAGCUCAGAAGAAGACUUCGAAAAAGAUUGUGAAGGAGGGUUCAGGUUCCAAAGCUGGGGAAAGAACUAAAUCUGCGAAGAAAACCCCUGUCAAAUCUUCCAAAAACGUUGACAAAACUCCAAAAAAAUCAACUCCAAAACAGACUGCUGCUGAGCAUGAUAGUGCUUCUGCCUCCCUUUCCAAGUCGAAGCAACCUGCAUCCAAGAAGCGAAAAACUGAAAAUGAAAAGCCUGACACUAAGGGUAAGGCCUCGAGCAAAAAACAAACAGACAAGUCCUCAAAGGCAUUGGUUAAGGACCAAGGAAAAAGCAAAAGUGGUAAGAAGGCCAAGGCAGUACCUAGUCGGGAAGCCAUGCAUGCAGUUGUUGUUGAUAUUCUGAAGGAAGUAGAUUUCAAUACUGCUACUUUGUCUGAUAUCCUCCGGCAACUUGGUACUCACUUUGGUGUGGAUUUAAUGCAUAGAAAAGCAGAGGUGAAGGAUAUUAUUACAGAUGUAAUUAAUAACAUGUCUGAUGAGGAAGAUGAAGGUGAGGAAGCUGAUGGUGAUGGUGAUGCAGAUAAAGAUGACAAUGGUGAUGAUGAUGAUGAGUGAUUUAGUUGGGCUAUGUUUGACCUGUGCAGAAAUUAGAGGCCUCUGGUCAUCCAAUAGCUAAAUCAUAUCAUCACGAUUCUCCUGUCAACUGUCUCUGCAGAUAGCUAUGGUAGAUAUUUGCUUUGAAUUGUGACCUUUUCCUUUGAUAGAUGUUUUAAACUAGGUUUGUACUUUGUACCAUAUUAGAUUUAACCCGUUCAUCUGUAUCAAAGUUGGUACCUUCUAUUUUUCAUUCAAUAGUUUGUUUUUUGACCAGCCUGUAAACAUUAUUGCCUUAUAGUUUAGACUUUAGAUCAAUGUUUCUUUUAUUUAUUAGAACUUGAUUGUGAAUCUUUGAAAAUUGAUAUUCUUGUUGGACCUACAACUUGUAAUGUCAUGGCUCUCAUUUUAGUA